UCUAAAACCAUGAUUGGACCUUAGUUCAAUCUGUUAUCGGUUAACUUCCGGGUGUCGUGUGUCGUUGUAAAACAGACUCCAAAGAGCUGCUGAAAGGGCAUCCACCGAGAGAAGACUGGAGAACGAUUCUGUUCAAUAACAUGAUGCUGUCAGAGGUCCUGCAGGUGCUGCGUGGGGCUGGUAAAGUGGGCUCUGCGCUGGUCACCACCCAGGGAGAGCAGCUCAGAUUAAUGGCCUGCAACUCCUCUGUGGGUGCAGGCCUCAAAGCUGCUCAGGAUGUGGCCGAAGGGCUGGUGGCCACUUUUAUGGGCAGCACCGAUAAGUCUAUAAAGGAAGACGUGUUUCCGGAUGCAGAAGGCUGGGAGAAUAUGGACCCAGAUGAAGCAGCCAAAUGGGCGGUGGGAUCCGAGUUCGCCCCUGGAGCUGCAGAGCAAAGCCAUGGAGGAGUAGGACCGACUGCAGGAAUGCAUACAGGCACGGCUCCAGGUGGAACAGGCUGGCCAGGACAGAACACGUGCUUCCUGCACACACUCCACAGCCGUCAGCACUUCUCCUGCCAGAGGAGGUCUGUCCACGACACGGUGGUAGCCAAACUCACGCCAGAGGACAUCAAGAAAGCCAGGGAGGCAAAACAAGCCCUGGUAAAACCAGUCAGACAGAAGCUGAGUGAACGUGCCAAGGAGAGGAAGGUUCCUUCAACAAGAAUCAGCCGGCUCGUUAAUUUUGGUGGACUGGCUGUCGGACUGGGCAUUGGUGCCAUUGCAGAGGUGGCCAAACAGUCACUGGGAGGGAAGCAAAAAGGAGACAUGAGUGCCCUGAUGGACUCACCCUUCCUGUCGGAGGCCAACGCUGAGAGAAUCGUCAACACGCUGUGUAAGGUUCGUGGAGCAGCUCUGAAGAUAGGCCAGAUGCUCAGCAUACAAGACAACUCCUUCAUCAACCCUCAGCUGCAGAAGAUCUUUGAGAGAGUCCGGCAGAGCGCAGAUUUCAUGCCCACGUGGCAGAUGAACAAAGUCCUGGAGGAGGAACUCGGGCCAGGAUGGAGAGAGAAGCUCUCAUCAUUUGAAGACAAACCGUUUGCUGCAGCCUCCAUCGGACAGGUGCAUCAUGGGGUGUUGAAGGAUGGAAGAGAGAUUGCCAUGAAGAUCCAGUACCCUGGAGUAGCAGAGAGCAUCCAAAGUGACAUAGACAACCUGAUGUCAGUGCUGAGGAUGAGUGUGGCGCUGCCAGAAGGUCUGUUUGCAGACAGCAGCUUGGAAGUUCUCCAGAAAGAGCUGGCGUGGGAGUGCGACUAUAAGAGGGAAGCAGAGUGCGCCAAGAAGUUCAGAUCACUGCUGCAGGGAGACCCGUCUUUCCAGGUCCCAGAGGUAAUCGAUGAGUUGUCAGCACGCAGGGUGCUAUCCAUGGAACUGGUGCAAGGAGUUCCUCUGGAUCGCUGCAUAGACUUGGAUCAGGAAACAAGGAAUCAGAUCUGUUUCAACAUCCUGCAGUUGUGUCUGAGGGAGCUGUUUGAGUUCAAGUUCAUGCAGACCGAUCCAAACUGGGCCAACUUCUUUUACAACUCUGAAACCAACAAGGUCAUCCUCUUAGACUUUGGGGCAUGCAGAGGUUACCCAGAAACUUUCACAGAUGACUACAUCCAGGUGGUUUAUGCAGCCUCUGUUGGCGAUCGGGACACUGUUCUGUCCAAAUCUACAGAUCUGAAGUUCCUGACAGGCUUUGAGACCAAGGCCUUUAAGGAUGCCCAUGUUGAGGCCGUGAUGAUCCUUGGCGAAGCCUUCGCGUCUGCCGGGCCCUUUGACUUCAGCACACAGAACACCACGCAGCGCAUCCAGAACCUCCUCCCCAUCAUGCUCCGCUAUCGCCUCACUCCUCCCCCCGAGGAGUCCUACUCUCUCCACCGCAAGAUGGCCGGCUCCUUCCUGAUUUGCUCCAAGCUGAAGGCCAGCAUACCCUGCAGGGACAUGUUCCUGGACGUGUACAGCGCUUACAUGCAGAGGAGGCAGACCGAGAGGAUGGCACAGACCAGUGCCUAGACAAGCCGAGGGACGAGUGUUCCUGCCCUAAAGAAGCAAGGAACGGGGUGCUGAAAAUCUGAGUUGGAAACAUUGGACUGGACUCUGUCAUCUAUCUUCAGUAUUGUGGAGAUACAAUGUGACCAAUCUAGAUCAGGUGCAACUAAGCUCCUGUAAAGACAACGAUAUUAGAAACUGUUGUAAUGAUACGCUGAUUUAUUAUUAAAAAGUAAGAUAAAAAUGACUCAUUUUGAGGCCUGAAAGCCUUUCAAUGGCUAAACUGUGCAAAACCACCAACACAACUCCACACAUUCUCUGAAGGAUAUGUAAUGUGUUUGUCAUGGCUUGAAUAAGAAAAGAGGAUCAUUUAAAAUAAUUUGACAGCAGGGUCAUUCAUAUUUCAGAACAAAACUAGAAGGUCUUCAGUCUGCACUGCUAAUGAUAGUCUCUCCAGAGAAUAUCUGAUGCUGCCAAGGGCUUUUCUUUGUUGGAGGAUGAGUCGGUGAACAAAGCUGUCACUUAAAUGUGAUGCCCGCCAGACUAGAUGAGCAGAUUAUCAGAGGAAUUAGACAGUCUAAUGGAACCCUGGACAUUAAUGGCCCUGCAUUAAAAAAGUCUACUUGGCAUAAAACUCCUAUGUGCUUAUUUUAAACACAUCACCACCAUUGUCUCUGGAAAGCAUAUUUUCUUGCAUGCUUUCUUUUCUAUUAAUAAAAUGUAGGACUUUUA